AUGGAAGAACCUUGUUUUGGAACAAGCAUUAUCACACAAAGCGAAAUUCAGAUCAAAAACAUCAGGACCCUAUCAAACAUGGGGGAUAGGGCUAGGAUUAAACGGAGAACGACGGAUGUUGUCAAUGGGCUCAAAGGCUAUAAAACUGAUCUUGCGAAAAGGGUCGUCGGUGAUCGAAACCGCAUCAAUCUUACAAUAAUGAGAGCUCGAAUUCAACUCGAAAGAGCGCGCUCUGCUAAAGUUGUGUGCGCCUGUGCCCAUUUCGAACAACGCCAGACUUAUACUCAGCUGUCGAACCUGAUUCAGUCAUCAUAUACCACCGACUAUCUUGAUCAUGAUCAAGAAUGA